AUGAAGACGGCCUCCACCAGCUCCUGCUUGUCGCUCUGCGGGACCACCAGCUCGGCUACCACCUCCAGCUCGUCCAGCUCUGACGCCUGCUCGUCCACGCAACAGACACUGCUGACGCUUGACUCGUUCCAGGGCUGCAUCGACGCCUCCGGCUACAGCCUCCUGUACUCCACGUCACUGCCGACGGACGCUGAGUACGUCAAGAUGAGCGGUCCCAGCGACUGCCAGUCCAUCAUCGAGCCCGACGUUCAGCACAGACAUGAUGACGGCGAGGGUGACCGUCAGCCGCUCCACGUGCAGCGUCUCGUCCUGGUAGAUCUCGGCGUUCACGUCGUCCACUCAGCUUGGCGCCUUGGCUAG